AUGCAUAGUUUUACGUGGAUGUUGACAUUACAUUCUGUUUGAGACCGACUUAGGGAAAUUUUUGGUUUCUCUUUCUGUUUUGCUAUCAAUUAGGUAGUGAGUUGGGGUACAGAUGAUGGCUUCCUUGCAGCACCUGUUGAGGGUUGCCGUUCUCCUCUCCUUCGGUUUAAUCCGAGAGACACUCGCUACUCCCGAUGACAGGUGUCAGUUCAUCUUCAAAGAAGAUCAUGUCCUUCAAGUUGCUGAGUCUGAAAAUGCCGGAGCCAAAGUGAGAACGGAUCUCCACACCGAAAACAAGAUUAAGUGCGCCGAAGCUUGCUGUGAAUCGGAGGGAGAAUGGUGUACAUUUGCCGUGUAUCAUUUCCAAGCCAACCCAGAAGCAAUGAAUUGUUUUCUUGUCCAGUGUGUACCCGAUGGCAGUCAAGAAGAUGUUUGUAUCACAAAGCACGUUCGACACUCAGACUUCACGGCAAUCGCCGUUAAGCAUCCUACCCCACCAACAACUCCUCCGCCUCCAACCACCCCUACUACUCCCCCUCCUCCGUCGUCUCCUGUUAGUCAACCUCAAUCAGCUGGCACAUCCACGCCUCCUUCCUCUUCCCCAACCACUCCCCCUUCCUCUUCUUCAACCUCUUCCUCAUCCUCCUCCCCAUCCUCUACCGUGCCUUCUAAACCAACACCGUCUUCCAUGGAUGCGAUCCCCACUAAUGACUCUGCGGAAGCCCUCGAUGACCUGAACGCUGCCCUCAACUCAUCACUAACAUCACCUCUAUCUAAACCUGCUAUCACAAAUGCACCACCACUACCACUAACAACAGUGGCAGCAACAGAUAUCCCAACCUCUAAGCCCAAAACAACAGAAAGUCCCAAGGUUUCAACAACCAAAGCUGCAGCUAAACCUGCAACAAAAGCCAGUAUAACUGAUUCCACCCUCAGUCCCAAAUGGACCAGUCCAGUUUCACAAUCAAGCAAUCAGGGGCUUCAAAGCAAUACAUCUCAGCCAAUCAAUGCAACUCAAAGUGGCCCGGAAGGAAGCAAUGGCCAAGGAGAGGUUAUUCCCGACAACAUCAAUAGAACCACAGUAACACAGACAAGUAUCCUCAUUGUGACGCUUUGUUUUGGUAUCAUAUUCCUGCUAGCGAUGAUUGUAGUGUCGGGGAAGAGGUGGUGCGAGGGCUACCAUAGAAGGAAAUACAACAAGGUGGACUACCUCAUCAAUGGCUACUACAGCUAGGUGGUCAGUAGAACUUGACGCAAAACCGAUUAAUCAAUUAAAAUUCCCAUGAUGGCCUUCUUCAGGAACCCCCAGUCAGCAAAGCUGUGCAAAAUGACAGUUUACCGUUUUGUAGCCGUUUCAUGUACUACUGUCCUGGGAUAUAGUCGAGGCCGGCCUCUUGGCCACAUUUGGCGACCUUGGGAGGAGAUCGUCUCCAGUGGCCUCGUGAAACUGGAACUUUCGGCAUUGACUGCAUCCCUGCUCAUGUCUUUAGAGAAGUCUGAUUGGUCAAAAUUAGCAAAACUUAGCCAAAAUGAGUCCAAAUUGGCUACAAAACGGCAUGAAGCGGAGACAAAAUAUCUACACAACGUCAAAGUCCACACUGAAUACAUCCAUGAUAAGGUAGGUAUUUCGCAAAGAUUUAGGUGUGACCGAAAAUCGUACUUCAAUUCUCAGUUGCGUGCGGUAUGUAACGCAUCAGCGCACGAGCCAGAUCAACCCCGAGAGGAUGUGUACUAUUUGAUACUUGUCAAUGAGAUUACGCAUUAAGAUAUUAACAUUUACUCUAAGGGUGUGUUGCAACAGAAUAUUUGCAAUCAAUCGCAAAUAUUCUGUUGCAAGUUUACAAUUGAUUGAUCACUUUUAACUUAGGCAAUUACACUCCUUGUUUCCAGGAGCAGAUUAGUAAUCAAUCAAGAAUUUGCAAUUAAUUGCAUGACAUGUGAUUGAUUUAUAGGGACCAAAAGUAGACUUGCAAUUGAUCUCAAGUUUCUUGCAACACCACAUUAGUCACAUUUCGAGUCUUCAUGAAACAUAUAAAUUGAAAUAAGAUUUUGGUAUGAAAUUCAAAUUGUACAAAAGAUUACAUUAAAAUAUCACCUAUUGUACAUUUAAAUCUGUGGAUUUGCAUUCAUCUUAGGGCAUCGGAAAGAAUUUGGUCUUGACUUUCAACUUUCUUUAACAAACAUUUUUAUUGCCAUUUAUUAUUUUGUGUAAUUAUUGUACUAAUUUGAAUAUUUUAAACAAUUUUAAGUCUUUCAU